AUGCAGUCUUCUUCUUCUUCUUCAAUAUUGUCAUUGUCUCUUUCUGAAACACCAAGUAAACCAUGUCUAUCACCGAUAUCACCAUUACAACCAAUAUAUCCUAUGGAUUCGAUGAUUAAUAUCGUUGAUGAAAUCGAUAACGGAGGUAUUUUUCUAUUUGAAACUGAACGACAACUUAUCUAUACGGAUAAAUACUCAUGUGCGAUACAUAGUGUAUGCAUUUUUGGUUGUUGGAUAUGUACGAUUCCAUCGGCGAUCAUCAGCAUCUUUGCGUUAAUAGCAGCGAAGAAAAAUCAAAUGACUCGAGCGAAAGUUUUAUUUAACAUCGCUUUUAUUUUCUCAUUUUUUGGAUUAAUUUUAUUUGUUGUCCAAGUUGGUUAUCUAGCAUGGCUCCUACGUUAUCUUCUACACAGUUAUCAUUCAACUUGUUUUUCGAGUGGAGUCGCAGGAAUGCAACAACAAACAAUUAUCGUAUUACUUCUCGGCUUGGCAGUAUCUACAUAUGGCCUUGACCUUUCCCAUGCUAAACGUUCAGCUGCUCUUGAGCCACGCGUAGCUAACUUUAUUGGCGAUUUGUACACUCAAGUAAUCUUCCCACCACUCAAAGAUAUUGUUACAAAAUUGGCAGCUUUAGUUGCUGAAAUUGUAGCUCGCGUUUCCCAAAUCGGCGUCCUCUCUGCUGAUGGCCGACGAGUUCAUCCAUCAGAUGAGCAACUCCGUGGUUUCUUCAGUGGUUUGUGGAACGAAGCUCUUAAACCACCUCUUGAAAACACCAUUCAAAAUAUCGCUCUUUUGGCUGCUCAAGUUUUGGCCGGUAUUGGUUCAAAUGGUAUCAACCUCGGUAUCGGUAAACGUGAUUUGACAGAAGAAGAAAUGCGCGGUUUCUUCAGUGGUUUAUGGAACGAAGCUCUUAAACCACCUCUUGAAAACACCCUCCAAAAUGUCGCUCUUUUGGCUGCUCAAGUUUUGGCCGGUAUUGGUUCAAAUGGUAUCAACCUCGGUAUCGGUAAACGGGACUUGACAGAAGAAGAAAUGCGCGGUUUCCUCGACUCCUUGGGCCAAGCCGUCAAUGAUGUCUACGCAAACGUUCUCCAAAAACCAAUCGAAAACGCUCUUUCCAAUGGUGCACUUAUGUUAGCUCAAGUUCUCGCUGGACUCGGUACUAAUGGUAUCAGUUUAUCUGGUCUCCUCGGCAAACGUGAUGUCGACUUUAGCGGUCGCGAAGAUGAAUUACGUGGUAUCUUUAGCUCAGUCACCGGUGCUGUUGUCAAUGGUUUAGCCGGUGUCUGGAACAACAUUUUCCAAGCUCCACUUGAAACCUUUGUUCAAAAUGGUGCUCUUACUGCUGCCGGAUGGCUCGCCAAUUUAGCUACUGAAGGUGUCAAUCUUGGCUAA